GUAGGAGGGCCGCGCCGCGCCUCUUCCACCUGCCAGCGGACUUUAAAGUUGCAGCCGGCCGAGACGCGCGAUGACUCGGGUCCUGGUGCCGGGGGCGGGCGGCAGCUGCUGCCGGUGCGCAUCGCGUCGCGGUCCCGCCGCCGGAGCGAGGCCGGGGGUCGCCCCCCUUCGGCUUAGGGGGAGUUUUUCUCCGUCGCCCCCGCCUGCCUGCUUUUGUCUUUCCACCCGGUGGCAAAGGAGGGCCGGGGAAGGGCGCGGGUGGGGCGGGGGGUACUGGUUCGCCCAGGAAAUCCCCAUGUCUGCGGCGGGUCACCUGCGCGGCUGGGCCGCCGGCCCCGGCGCUGCCGCGGAUUACCGCCCCUCCGCGCCUCUGCAGCGGCCGGACGGCUGCGGGUAGAGCCGGCGCCGCCACCUCGGGCUCCUCCGGGGCAAGCCAUGGAGCCCGGCGCCCCGCCAGACCUCCGCGACGUCGAGCAAAAGCUGGGGCGCAAAGUGCCGGAGAGCCUGGCGCGGCCGUUGCGCGGGGAGGAGCUCCCGGGACGCCCCGCCGCCGGCGCGCCCGCCCGCGGCCCCGCCGCGGCCCCCGGCCCCCGCCGCCGCCGCGCCGCCGCUCUGGCCAGGCUGGAGACGAAGCUUCACCUCCUGAGGCAGGAGAUGGUUAAUCUCCGAGCCACUGAUGUGAAGCUUAUGCGCCAGCUACUCAUCAUCAAUGAAAGUAUUGAAUCAAUCAAGUGGAUGAUUGAAGAGAAGGCCAUUGCCAGCAGAGGUAGCAGUUUGAGUGGCAGCCUGUGCAGCCUGCUGGAAAGUCAGGAGACAUCCCUCCACGGCAGCUGUAACAGUUUACAAGACUGUAGUGAUGGACUGGAUGGAAUAUCAGUGGGGAGUUAUUUGGACACCUUAGUGGAUGAUGUCCCUGGUCACCAGACCCCUUCAGAUGUGGACCAGUUCAGUGAUUCUUCUAUUAUGGAGGACUCACAGCCUCUGCAUAAGCAUCCCAAAAUUGAUUCUGAUGAGUACUACUGUUUUGGUUAAUAAAAAACAAGUUCCAGUAGGACGCAAAUGCACUUGUACUUACUCUUUUUCUUUGCUGCUAUUUUAUUUCAUGUGCAAAACCCCCAAACUUCUCUUUGAAGGAAAACAUAAUAUGAUACUUUGAUUCCAUUUCAUAACUUUUCUGUUGCUUCUAACACAUUUUUUCCUUGGUCAUUGGGCUUUCCUUCUCCUGACAUUUUCUUCUUCUUAAUUUAUUGUUGCAAUUUUUCUUUUUUUGUUUUAAUUUUUUACAGUGCUGUAUUUACAGGUCUUUAAAAGUGGUGAAGAGUUUCCUAAGAGCUUUAUCUUUAAAAUGAGACAUCAGGGAAUGGGAGCAACAAUUUUGUAUUUGUUGGCAAUAAAAUAUCUUCUGAUAAAUA